UGGAGUUGGAGAAGAGGAGAAAAAAAAUUACUCCUGGAUGUUUGAUGAAAGCAAUUAUCAGAUCAGGAGAUGGCAAAGCAAAGCCUGCAGAUGGAGAUCAGGCAAUAUUCCACUGCACCACCAGAACUCUAGAUGGCAUCAUUGUUGAUUCAACUAGAUCAGAACAUGGAGGCAAAGACAAUCCUAUAAGAAAUGUUUUGGGGAAAAGCAAGAUGAUUCUGGGCUUUGUUGAAGGAAUUCCUACUAUGACAAAGGGUGAAGUAGCAAUGUUCAAAAUGAAACCUGAGAUACACUAUGCUGAGGAGGAUUGUCCACUUACGGUCUCGGAGACCUUCCCCAAGAAUGACGAACUUCACUUUGAAAUUGAGAUGAUUGAUUUCCAUAAAGUCAAAGUCGUCAGUGAAGAUUUAGGAGUUGUGAAGAAGGUAUGUAAAAUGAUGCAAAGUACCAUUUUGAAUAAAUGA